AUGCCCAUUCCAACGCGCUCCGUUUCCCUACGAGAGCCCCGUCAGCAGGGUAGUUCCAAUGUAACCCGCACGGCGACAAAGGCGCCAGCCUCCACCGCAGCGAACGAAAGUGCCUUGAACCGGAGAAAGUCGAUGCUCCUGCCACAACGCCAUAGUUCGGUACGGGAAACACCAUCGUCAACUGUGAAAACGCAGACGCAGGAGAGCAGAUUACGGUUACCGCAACGGGGAAUUAACAGCAACGGUACUAAACCGGCUACUGGUGCGGCGACUGCGACUGCGACUGCUAGAACUUCGGCUACGACUACUACCGCUACACAUCGAAGGACGGUGUCGCAACAACAGCCGCAACAACGACAACAGCAGGAAGAUGCGAAGCGUCCUAUAUCACAGAACUCCACGGCGACCUCUGCUACUAGCACAAGUAGCAGUAGUGGUGCUGCCAUCGCUCGUCGCCAGAGCUUGAGACCUAGUCCGCUGAAGACGGUUUCGAGGACGGUUCCCUCGGGGAGGCCUACUGCUUCUACCACUACUGCAACUACUCCUACGUCUGCUACCGCUCCUACGUCUUCGGCCUCUCCACGAAAACGUGCAGAAGCUACGAGAAAUGCGCAGUCGAUUUCCCCUACCAAGAAAACAAGUAUGCCCCCGCCGCCUCUUCCCCGACCAGCUCGAUCGGCUUCUCUCAGACAACCAAGUACACCUCAGUCGAGCCCAGGAGUUCCAGCGGCGGGUGCUAGGGGUCAUACCAGAGUUCGCAGUCAGAUAGUGACGCCGUCUUCGACGCCACGUUUGAAACCAUCGUCCUCGACACCCCAGUCAUCGCCGAGGAAGCCGGCUAGGGGCUCGACUGCGGUAAAUCCUACGGCUUCUAUUAAUGCUGCUGCUAAUGCUCUCGCGGCGAUUACUGCGGAAGCGGAUCCUUCGUUGAUGCCUUCAUCCUGGCCUGAGGUCGCAGCGGUACAGACUGAAGUCUUGCAGCUGUAUCUCUUCCAUUCGUCCUCGCUCCAGAAACAUGCAGAAUGGCAGGCAGAAUCGGAAGCAAAGCUACGGAGGAAGUAUGACUCGGUCGCGCAGAAGUACCGUUCUAUUGUGGACGAGGAGAAGCAGUGGCAGCGUCGUCUUAACGGACAAGCGUUGGAUUACUGGGUUCAGAACAUCCAAACACAUAACGGCCGUCUAGGAUUUGCCGAACAGAUUCAGCUUCUCUCGCAAACCAUGCAGGAAGUGACUGAGCUGUCAGAUGAAGUCGGAGGAAGGUACACGUUGGCCGUUCAAAGUUUCGAGCACUGGUUCCGAAAAGCCGACGAAAUUAAAAAAAUCCGCACUCAGCUCGACUCGGGAGCAGCCGAUCUCGUGGUCUUCAUUGAUCCCCUCGAUGGUAUCUGGCGGGACGAGGUGAACGACCUGGGAAUGAAGCUCGAGCGCUGCUCGCGGCAGCUACAGAGUCUUGAUAUUCUGGGCUACGGGGAUACAGAGAAGCUAAAUGAUUCCGCCCUUCUUCGGAUCGCACGAGGACUUGAUGAUAUGACGAAUUUAAUGCAGGAUGAGAUUCAUGCGAUGCGCAAGAUUGAAGGUGACAUUGUACGGUCGGAGAGGGCAUGGGUGAGUCAGCUCACUGAUCCUUUGGUCAUGUCUGACAACCGGCCUCGUGAGGAUCGGAGUCUGAGAGCUGGGAUGUGGAGAAGUGCCUUUGAAUGA